CAUUAAUUUUUUUUCGUUUUCUAAGAUAUUCGAUUAUCAGGCUAAAAUAUAGAAAUCAAUGGCGUGCACAAAACUAUCCUCUGGACUGCAACUUCUGAAUCGUAAUUGUGGCCAUCGUGUUUUGGCACAGUCUGUCGCCAUUGCUUGUCGGAACUACAGCAACACUCGUAGUGAUGUAGAAGAAACCACCCACACUGGACAAGUUUUCGACAAGAAUGACUACCGUAAUGUCCGCUUUGUCAACGCAAAGCGAUAUGUAAAUGAAAAUUGGGGCAUCAAAUUGAUCGAUGAAGUGCCACCAAUCGAGGUUACCGAACGGGUUGUUUAUUGCGAUGGCGGUGAUGCUAACUUGGGUCAUCCGAAAAUAUACAUUAAUCUGGAUAAACCUGGACCUCAAAUCUGCGGAUACUGUGGUCUGCGGUUCGUUAAGAAAGAUGGACACCACCACUAAAUAUUUGCGGAGACAAUGAAACGGAAUACAUUUUUUAAGAUAAAGAGCUAAUUGAAUUAUUUAUGGUAAUAAAUAGUUUCAGUAACAACAACAACAA